AUGAACUCAACGACCCUUCCGGACACGGGACCCAAUACAGAUGAGGGUAUAUUCACCCUUGGUGUUGUGUAUUUCAUUGUAUCCUUGCUGGUCAUGUCCGCCAACGGAGUCGUCGUUUUCGUCGUCGUCAAGACAAAGGAGCUACAAAUGCCAACGUUCUGGAUCAUCACUUGGAUGGCCGUCUUUGAUUUCCUCAUGGGUCUGUAUACCUUGGUUUUCAUCGUUCCCUCUGCUUUUCUUAACCGAUUUGCGUACUCUGAUGCCCUAGUCGGACUUGCUUCUUGUUUAUUUACCUAUAUAUUUGGUCAAACGGUUUUCAACAUUGCCUUGACCGUCAUGGAACGUUGCAUUGCCGUGUGGUGGCCAUUGAGAUACAUCCAUAUUGUCACGUUCAAGCGUUUCAUCAUAGCACUGGCCAUCUCAUUGUUACUUAGUCUAAUCCGCCUGAUUUUGAUAGCUGUCCCUGAUGGCGAUUUCUACUUCCGUGAAGAUGCUGCAUUGUGUAUUGUAGACUUUGAUACCGCGCCAACUGUAAUUGCAUCUGUUGGAUUUCCAAUCGUCACGCUGUGUUUGAUUAGCAUCAGUUUUGUAAUGAUCUUCAUUAAGAAGCGACGUGUGAAGAAGCAGGUACACCCUGGAGGAAUCCACGUGAGUCCAGAGGGUCAGGUCAAAUUUCCAAUGAUGUGUCUGGUGUCUACAAGUGUGUUCUGCGUUUCGUACGUUCCAUAUACAAUAGGUAUUAUUACAAAUUACAUGUCCGGAAAAGACAAUGUGCCUACCACCCUUGUUCAGAUACUUUCAGUGGCCUUCCUAUCCAACAGCCUGUGGAAUGUGUUCAUCUACACCGCGACCUACAAGCCAUUCAGGGAGGCUCUGCUCUGUCUGUUCUGCAGGUCAUACUUCAGAAAGAAAAGGCAACGGGAGAUAUUUUCACUGCAUUGA